CAUAAUGGACAAAGUCUAUGAAGAGUUUGAAGAACCAGUGAGUCCUCAUGGACAGUAUUUCAACAGCUCUGUGAUAUGUUCAUAUGUGUUUGUCUUUAUGGAAUUCGCUAUUCCAAUUGAUGACUUACAAAUUAUACCUUUCCUCAAAGAUAUCUUCAUCCAUAUUAAUCCACGCUUCUCCUCUAUUAUGGUAAGAGACAUAUAUGGUAAGAUGACAUGGCAAAAGGUUGAAGUGAAUGUUGAAGAACACGUAAAGAUUCCUAAGUUUCCUGAAAUCACUACUAAUGCAUCAUCAUCAUCAUCAAAUGAAUUAUAUGACAACUAUGUUAGUGACUAUGUAACAAGUAUUCUAAGUUCAAGAACACCUCAAGAUAAACCACUUAGGGAAAUUCAUUUGAUUAAAUAUCCAACAACCAAUGCUGGUGGCACAUUAAUAUUCCAAAUUCAUCAUGCACUUGGUGAUGGUUACUCUCUCAUGAGUGCUCUUCUUUCUUGUCUUCAAAGAGCUGAUGAUCCUUCUCUUCCUCUGUCUUUUCCUUCACGAAGAAAAACAAAAUUAGAUUCAAAAUAUGCAAACAAAAGCUUAUUCAAGAAACUAUGUCUAAAUAUUUUCUCCUUUUUUAGCUCAUUAUCAGAUUUUGGCUCAACCAUAAUCAAGACAAGAUUGAUUGAAGAUGACAAAACACCUAUACGGUCAGGAUAUGAAGGAACUGAAUCUCAGCCUUUUACUUUGUUAAACAUAUCAUUAUCUCUUGAUCAGAUCAAAGAAAUCAAAUCAAAGCUUCGAGUGACAAUAAACGAUGUGGUUUGUGGUAUGAUCUUCUAUGGGAUUAGGUUAUAUAUGGAAGAGAUGAAUGAAAAGACAAAAACAUCAAAUUCCACAGCGGUGGUAAUGCUCAAUACACGAAAUGUAGGUUACCAAUCAUUGAAGGAAAUGCAAAAACCAGAGUCCAAAGGUCUUUGGGGGAAUCAAGUAUCUUUUUUACAUAUACCAAUACCCAAGCUAAUAAACCAAUCAUACCCUCUUCAAUUUGUUUGGGAAACCCGUAAACUAAUCCAAAGAAAAAGGCAUUCUUUCGGUGUUCAUCUUAUAGGUUUGCUUAUGGAUUUGGAAAUGAAAUUAAGAGGGCCUGAGGCUGUGGCUAAAAUAAUCUAUAACACAUUGGGACGCUCAAGUGUUAAUAUCUCAAACAUGGUUGGGCCAAUAGAGAGUAUGAGUUUGGAAAAUCAUCCUGUAAAUGGGUUUUAUUUUGCUGGGACAGGUGGAUCCGAGAAUGUAAACAUUACAAUUGUGAGCUACGUGAAAAUACUAAAAAUCAGCUUGAGAACUCUAAAGGGAUUCAUUGAUGAAAAGAAAUUCAAGUUUUGCAUUGAGAAAGCGGUUGAAGUCAUAUUCAAAGCGGCUAUGGAGGUCUCCGAGAUAACCAACAAAAAUUAA